UCUAAUUACCUUUUUUCUCUCCUCUCCCCGUGAAUCAAUUAAUUUAAAGUUGUAAAUCUCCGAGGGGGGCCUAGAGGCGGAUAGUACUCCUUAGGAAAAAAAAUAUAACAAUACGAUGCAUUCUGAUCCGAAUCUCUCCUCCACAAUGACCGACCAGACAGAGGACGAGUUCGGCCUACGCAAUAGCAGUGCAUCUGCGGUUGGCACAGGCAUGUAUGAUAGAAUGAGCUGUGAAGGUUCUCCAGUAAUGAUGUCUCCCUGGAACCAAGCAACUCCAUUUACUCAAACCCAAUGGUCUAACAACGUCGAUGAAAAUCUACCUCAGAAUGGUCUUAUUGGCUCGCUUGUCCGCGAGGAAGGUCACAUAUAUUCUUUAGCGGCCACAAAAGAUCUUCUUUACACUGGCUCUGAUAGUAAGAACAUACGCGUGUGGAAGAAUCUAAAGGAGUUUAGUGCGUUUAAAUGCAACAGUGGGUUGGUAAAGGCCAUUGUGAUAUCAGGGGAAAAGAUUUUCACAGGCCACCAGGACGGUAAGAUUCGCGUUUGGAAAGUAUCUCCUAAGAACCAAGGCUCCCACAAACGCUCUGGAACGUUACCUACUUUGAAAGAUAUAUUCAAGGCCUCUCUCAAACCCAAAAACUACGUUGAGGUGAAGAAAAACCGCACCGCUCUUUGGAUCAAACACGCGGACGCUAUUUCUUGUUUGAGCCUAAAUGAGGAACAAGGGUUGUUGUAUUCUGCUUCGUGGGAUCGAACCAUUAAGGUGUGGAGGAUCUCUGAUUCGAAAUGUCUAGAAUCAAUCCCGGCUCACGAUGAUGCUGUAAACUCUGUGGUGUCAACAACGGAGGCGAUUGUGUUCUCUGGAUCAGCUGAUGGAACGGUGAAAGCAUGGAAGCGUGAACAGCAAGGAAAAUACACAAAACACACGCUCAUGCAGACGUUAACAAAGCAAGAAACUGCUAUCACGGCUUUGGCUGUGAAUAAAGAUGGUACAGCUGUAUACUUCGGUUCGAGCGAUGGUUUAGUGAAUUUUUGGGAGAGAGAUCAGAAGCAACUGAACUAUGGUGGUGUUUUGAAGGGACACAAACUUGCUGUUCUUUGCCUUGAAGUUGCAGGAAGUCUUGUCUUCAGUGGAUCUGCUGAUAAGACAAUAUGUGUGUGGAAGAGAGAUGGAAAUAUCCAUACAUGUCUCUCCGUACUAACUGGUCACACAGGUCCUGUAAAAUGUUUAGCGGUUGAAAGAGAUCUUGAAGUGUCAGAAGGGAAAGACCAAAAAUGGAUUGUAUAUAGUGGAAGUCUGGACAAGUCAGUAAAAGUAUGGGGAGUUUCAGAAUCCUUCAUUGACAUGAACCACAUGGGUACGAUGCAGCAGCAACAACAACAACAACAACAUGUCAUAUCGCAGUCCGAGCUUGUUAUGUCUGAUGGCAGUUUCUCUUCAUCAGUUGGAGGAGCCAGCAGUCAUCAGAGAGGUUAAUCAUGUUUUGUGAGUUUUCUCUAAAUAACAAAUUUGUAUUAAUGUCAAACAACUCAUCAAUUUUAAAAAUUAAAUUUUAAUUAUAAACAAAAACAAAAAGUUUAGCCUUAUGAUGCAGUACUAUUGUGUAUUAUGGAGUUGAGUUUGAGACUUUUUUAAUAUAAAGGUUUGUUAUUAUU